AAGGUUUUAUAUACAAGUGGAAUUUGCUCUGCCAAAUUGCUACAAGUCAAAAUAUAGGGUAGUCGGGCAGUUCAUUAAGCGUUUAGAGCCUGGCGAGCACGGGCUGUGUCAGCGUGUCUCGGAGUUUUGGAGUUUUGCAAAUGCUGUAGUGUCUUCGAUUGUAAAAGGAACUUUGUGAAAAUGGGGUGCAGUGCGAGAUACUGUUUGUUGACUCUGACCUUGUGCCUUGUGACUGAGCACGCUUUUGGUGUAAGAGUGAUGCCAAAGCGGAAAAAAGAAGCAAUCGGCACAUCAGAAGAUCAAUCUACAUCCGCAUCGUGGUGGCAGGCGGGUACAGCGACACCGUUCCGGGAAACCUUAAACAAUGGAUUCGCAUCAACACAUGGGCUUGUCCAGACGCACCCGACUGGCAAUGAUCCGUUUUCAACAUUCGGGACGGUUGACAGCACAGCUGGGCCCUCAUCUAAUCCCUUUGCGCAUACCAGUGGCAGCGGUCCACUUAGUGGUACCUUCAGGAGCAACCCUCUCCCGCCGCUGACGAGAAACGGGAAUGGAAAGCUGGGCUUGAAGCAUCUGGAUUUCACGAGCAGUGCCACAGCUGAACUGAGACGAAACUCGGCUCUAUCAGCUCCUGAUGAAUGUGCUAGAGCAUGCAGAGAAAACGAGCCACCGAGAAUUUGCUACUAUCAUUUUACACUCGAGUUUUACACGGUUCUUGGGGCAGCUUGUCAAGUAUGUACUCCAAAUGCAACGAACGUUGUAUGGUCUCAUUGUCAAUGUGUUUUGGCUGACGGAGUGGAGAGAGGUAUUCUAUCAGCAAACAGAAUGUUGCCUGGACCCUCAAUCCAAGUGUGUGAAAACGAUAAAGUAGUUGUUGAUGUCGAAAACCAUAUGGAGGGCAUGGAAGUGACAAUCCACUGGCACGGUAUCUGGCAACGCGGUUCUCAAUACUACGAUGGUGUUCCUUUCGUUACUCAAUGUCCCAUACAACAAGGAAACACUUUUAGAUACCAAUGGCAAGGAAACGCUGGAACUCACUUCUGGCAUGCGCACACUGGUCUGCAAAAGUUGGACGGUCUUUACGGAAGCAUCGUUGUCCGUCAACCACCGUCAAAGGAUCCAAACAGCCAUUUGUACGACUACGAUUUAACCACACACGUGAUGCUUCUCAGUGACUGGCUGCACGAAGACGCCGCUGAAAGAUAUCCAGGUCGCUUAGCUGUAAACACUGGUCAAGAUCCCGAAAACGUUUUGAUUAACGGCAAAGGCCAGUUCAGAGAUCCCAACACCGGCUUCAUGACCAAUACACCACUGGAAGUAUUCACAAUCACACCUGGAAGGAGGUACAGGUUUAGAAUGAUUAACGCGUUCGCUUCAGUCUGUCCGGCGCAGGUCACUUUCGAAGGCCAUAAUCUUACAGUAAUUGCAACCGACGGCGAGCCAGUGCAACCCGUCCAAGUUAAUACAAUUAUCUCGUUCUCUGGUGAACGAUACGACUUUGUCAUCGAAGCUAACAAUAUCCCUGGCGCGUACUGGAUACAAGUACGUGGUCUUGGAGAGUGUGGUAUUAAAAGAGCACAACAACUGGGAAUCCUUAGGUACGCUAGGGGUCCAUACCAGCCGUCGACUCCAUCACCAACGUACGACAUUGGAAUACCACAGGGAGUGGUAAUGAACCCCUUGGAUGCGAGGUGUAACGAACCCAGGAAUGAUGCAAUUUGUGUGAGCCAACUGAAAAACGCCCGGCACAUUGACCCAGCUAUUUUACAAGAUAGACCUGACGUUAAGAUAUUCUUGCCAUUCCGUUUCUUCGUGUACCGACCGGAAAUGCUUUUCCAACCGAAUACAUACAACAGAUACUUAGUGGCACCGCAGGGAGAUCAUGUGAUCAGUUUAAUAGAUGAAAUCUCCUAUAUGUCCCCACCUGCUCCUCUCAUCAGCCAGUACGACGACAUUAAUCCCGACCAAUUUUGUAAUGGUGAUAACAGACCCGCCGAUUGCGGACAAAACUGCAUGUGCACACAUAAAAUCGAUAUCCCUCUUAACGCGGUAGUGGAAAUUGUUCUUGUAGAUGAAGUACAAAUUGUGAACUUAUCUCACCCGUUCCACUUGCACGGAUAUGCAUACAAUGUUGUCGGUAUCGGCCGGUCGCCCGACCAGAACGUAAAGAAAAUUAACUUGAAACAUGCUCUAGAUUUAGACAGAAGAGGUUUGUUGGAACGUCAUCUGAAACAGGGAGAUUUGCCACCAGCAAAGGAUACCAUCGCCGUUCCGAACAACGGAUACGUCAUCUUGAGAUUUAGAGCUACCAACCCUGGCUUCUGGCUUCUUCACUGUCACUUCUUAUUCCACAUAGUAAUAGGUAUGAACGUCGUGCUUCAAGUUGGAACCCAAGCUGAUCUGCCGCCAGUGCCUCCCAAUUUCCCGACGUGCGGAGACCACCUUCCUCCGAUCACGGCUAACUAAUUCGGUUCCUAGAACAUACUAUGUUUACAAACGUGCAACAUUGGUAAACCAGUUGAGUUUUAUGUUAACUAAGUGUAAUUUUAUGUUUGUCUAGUGUGAUGUGUCCGGUGGAAUCGAAGUGCUCGACUCUACCGUGUGUUUAUAUUGUAUUCGAAUGAUCAGCUGUAGUUCUUGAUAGUAUGUGAUUAUUUAAAACGUGAUUCUCUUUCUGUGUGUAUUUUUAUAUUCUGAAUGAUAUCUACGUGUCAUCAAAAUUAUUUGAGGCUUAAUUGUAAACAUAACAAUUUUGUUCCUGACUUGCCAUUUAACGUGUUUUUUUUUUCAUUUGUAUUGUAAAUUUUAAACUAACUAAACAUUUCCGUGCAUACAUGAGUCCCUCCAUUUUGCUCUGAUAUUUAUACGAAUGCCUUAAAGUACAACUUAGGGUAUUAAAUAUUCAAAUGGUUGGGAAUUCUGCACGACGAUGUGAAUAAAAUUAGUAGAUAUUAUUAACCUAACUAACAAGCAUGGAAACACGUCCUGUAGUGUAUUGUAAAUAUAAUCUCCAAUUGUAAAUACACAAUUAACUCGGUUGUAUCCAUGUACACGACAACGAAGUAUGAAGACUGCGUACAAUUGCACUCACAACCAGUCAUUGGAGAGUCAAUUUCUGUAUUUUUCUAAAGAUGAUACAUGAUUCACGGAAACCUACGUUACCAAUAAAGUUACCAUAAAGUAAGGAUUACGUAAGUUACGUUUCGGCAAUGUAUAAUUCAGCUAAAACUUAGAUAGAUUUCACACAUUCAGAGCAAUUAAAUAUUAUAGUGCAACGAUUACAAAUAAAUAUAUUUAUAACAUAUUGUUUUAAGAAAUUU